UGCUUAUCGGCGACGGAAACGACCAUGGCUUUCGGAAUUAUUCUACUUACGGCAGUUGUUGCCCUCUUGGGCUACCUCUUCUUGCGAAUGAACCAACGGAUGCACCAUUGGGAGAAUGCAGGAAUUCCCUGCGAGAAACCUAACAUUAUCGUGGGAUGCUUAAGGGGCGUGCAAACUAAGCGAGCUUUCCUGGACAUUUGGAUGCAGUACUAUAAGAAAUUCAAAGGAACUGGACCAUUUGCAGGCUUUUACUGGUUCCAACGUCCAGCUGCAUUUGUAUUGGAACCUUUCCUAGUGAAGCACGUUCUGAUAAAGGACUUCAAUAAAUUCACUGAUCGAGGAUUCUUUAGCAACCCCGAGGAUGACCCACUUUCUGGGCAGCUAUUUCURCUCGAUGGCCAUAAAUGGAGAUCUAUGAGGAAUAAGCUUUCAUCCACCUUUACGUCUGGCAAAAUGAAGUACAUGUUUCCCACGGUAGUGAAGAUAAGCCACGAGUUUGUCGAGGUCUUUGGAGAUAUGGCAUCCGACUGGCAGAAGGCUCUCUCAUAUCAGGUGAAUAAAUUUGCCAGCACUGACAUAUUGAGGGCCCAGCAGGAGCAGCAGCAGCAGCAGCGGCAGGAGCAGCAGGAGUAA